GAAGCAGCCCCGGCUCCCGCGCCUGCCUCUUCCUCCCGCCGGGCCUCGGCGCUGCCAUUCUCUUUCCUCCCUUAGACGUGUGCGGCUUCCCAGGUCGCCAUGGAGCCGCCGCCGCCGCGCGUCGGGACACCCACAGAAUGCCAGGGGGCGGCGGGGAGCGGGAGGCGCCCGCGACGGUUGGCGACGCGGCCGUUGGCCGUUGUGCUGCUGGUGCUGGCGGCUACCAUGAGCGAGGAGGUGGCCACCGUCGAGGCUGCGCAGGGCUCGGGCGACGAGAAGUGCCACUACUACGCGGGGGGCCAGGUGUAUCCGGGCGAGGCGUCGCGGGUGCCCGUCCGAGACCACUCGCUGCACCUCAGCAAGGCCAAGAUUUCCGAACCAGCACCUUAUUGGGAAGGAACAGCAGUCAUCAAUGGAGAGUUUAAAGAGCUGAAAUUAACGGAUUUCGAAGGAAAAUACCUUGUUUUCUUCUUUUAUCCACUUGACUUCACAUUUGUAUGUCCAACGGAGAUCAUUGCCUUUAGUGACAGAAUUGAAGAAUUCAGAGCAAUAGGUGCUGAAGUGGUUGCUUGCUCAGUAGACUCACAGUUCACUCAUUUAGCAUGGAUUAAUACAGCUCGGAAGCAAGGAGGACUGGGACCAAUAAAGAUACCACUUCUUUCAGAUUUGACGCACCAGAUCUCAAAAGAUUAUGGAGUUUACCUAGAGGAUCAAGGACAUGCUCUUAGAGGCCUGUUCAUUAUUGAUGGCAAGAGAAAUCUUCGACAAAUCACAAUGAAUGAUCUUCCUGUUGGCAGAUCUGUAGAUGAGACUCUUCGUCUAGUACAAGCAUUCCAGUAUACUGAUGAACAUGGAGAAGUUUGCCCUGCUGGUUGGAGACCAGGCAGUGAAACAAUCAAACCUGAAGAUGCUAUGGGAAUGUGGUGGCCAAGAGAAGAGUUAUAAUUCCAGAUCCUGCAGGAAAACUGAAGUAUUUUGGUAAAGUGAACUGACUGCUUUCUUCUACAAUUCACAGCUAAGAAUCUGCCAAUAAAAGUUCCACUAAUUUUGAUAA